AUGGCGGGCUCGGUGACACCGACAACGCCAACACCUGCGGCGGCGGCGGCUCCGGCAGGAGCAGCAGCAGCAGCGCCGGCGAGAAAGAAGCCGAGGCGAAACGCAUCCUUCGCCGACGACGUCCGGUGGCAGCCGUCCGGGCCGACGCUGGCGCUCCGCAAGGACAGCGUGGGCGGGCCGUUUGGCUUCCUGAACCCGACGACGGCGCUGUACGAUAUCCGGAGCAACGACGAGCCUGGCGGCGGGCGCGCUGACCUGGCUGACUUGACCGACGCGGAGCGCCAGGAGCGCGCAAAGGUGCGCUGGAACGCGCGGGACUAUCGCAAGGGCCGCCACAUCCUCAUCCUCCCGCGCGCCGCGCCCCUCAGCUCGCGCCUCCACCCGAGCACCAACCCGCACAGCAUCCUGCGCGGCCUCGGCCGCAUGCUCACCCUGCACCCCUACUGGGACGUGUCGUGGUGGAUCGGCGUCUCCUUCACCGUCGGGUGCCUGCUCUUCGUCGUCGCCGGCUUCUUCUACUGGCUGCCCAUCGCCUACCCGGACACCGAGUUCCCCCACGAGUCCGACGUCGCCGGCGGCGUCCUCGUCUUCAUCGGCGCCACCCUCUUCCAGAUCGGCGCCGUGCUGCUCUUCCUCGAGUCGUACAAUGACCGCGCCGAGACGCAGUUUGGCGGCGCCGUGGAGGACUUGUUUGUGAAUCGGCUGGGCGUCGUGCGGAGGGGCCGCGGGCGCAGGCAUGUCCAUUUUGAGGCACCCUCGGCGGCAGCGGCGGCGGCGGCGGCGGCUGGCGCUCAGGGGCAGCAGAGCACGCGGCCAGGGUCCUCGUCGACGCCAAGCAGCGACGGCAAGCAAGAGGUUGACAAGGAGGCCCGAGGAGAUGGCGAUGCCCGGUCGCCUUCUCCUCAUGGGUCCCAUGGCCGCGACGACCAUCUUCACGGCGACGACGAUGACGGCCAGCACCACGGUCACAUCUUCGAAGAGCGCCAGUGGCAGUGGUGGCCCUCCUGGCACGACGUGACGACGCACUACAUGUACGAGAUCGGCUUCCUCGCCUCCUUCACCAUGUCCGUCGGCGCCACCGUCUUCUACAUAAGCGGCAUCCUCGCCCUGCCCGGCAUCUUCGACAACCUCAGCGAGGCCGCCCUCCAGGGCGCCUACUUCUUCCCCUACCUCCUCGGCGGCGUCCUCUUCGCCCUCUCCUCCCUGUUCUACAUCCUCGAGACCCAGCCCAACUGGUACACGCCCCAGCCCUUCAAGAUUGGCUGGCACGUCGGUGUCUGGAACAUGAUCGGCGGCGUCGGCUGGACCCUCGCCGCCUCCUGGGGAUACUGCACACCCAGUUGGUGCAAGUACCAGAGCGAGCUCGCCCUGAUAUGGGCGUCGGCCGCAUUCAGCGUCGGGAGCGCCCUGCAGUGGUACGAGUCGCUCGACAAGUACAUUGUCAUCAUCGAGGACUAA